CUCAUCGCAUUGAGAUUUAUCACGUGCCGUGAAAUAGGUGGACAAUAUGACCAAGGAGGCGAAGAGAUUGGUAACAGGGGUGGGUCGCUUGGAGCAUGCGAGGAUUUGCUUCCCCCGUCACAACGCAUGAGCAUAUGUGCUAGUUUGGGCAAAAAAAAAGGUACACCUCUCCCAGCGGAGAGAAAGAAGCGGCGCCUGCGACCGGAGCCCGGCACCGGCUACGGCCACCGACUUCUUAUUCCCUCCCGCCGAUUCAAUUCAGGCAAGUCUUUCUCUUUGCUGUCCUCUCCCGGUUUCGUUUCUCCUCAUCUCACGGGAUCAAACCCUAGCUAUCUAGGUUUUCCUCCCAAACUAACUCCUCCUACCUACAUUUACUUGCCGCGGCAGCUCAGUCGUGGGGGAGAUUUAAUGAUGGAUGCUGCCGCCGAGGUUCCCCAAACGAUCUGUCCUGAGAAGAAACCACGCGCGGAUUUCGAUGGCGAGGCAGGCCGACAUUCCCCGGCGGCCGUAGACCCUGUCUCCAAGGUGCUUGAGGACAACAACCUCCUCGCGGAGAUCCUCCUCCGCGCCGGCUUCCCCACCACCCUCGUUCGCGCUGCCCUUGUGUGCAGGUGUUGGUACCAUCUCGCCUCGAACCAGGGCUUCCUCCGCCGGUUCCGUGAGCUCCACCCGCCCCGCCUACUUGGCUUCUACAUUGGUAGCAUCUUGAUCCGGCCGGAAUUGGUAGCCUUCCUGUGCUUUGUCCCGAUGCUGCCCCAGCCCCCGGAGCUCAACAUAUGGAGUGCGCGGCAGAGAACUAGCAUAUGGAGUGCACCGCCCGCUUUGCCCUGAGAGAGGCAUUAACGCCGUCCCACUACUCCCAAGAGCCCAGGAUCACAAUCGCCAAUAUUUUGAUGCUAUUCUCUCCAAAGAAGAAGGCAAUGGCUUGUCCUACUUUUAUGUGUUGACGGAGUUGACUAAUCAGACAGAAAAUUUCACUUUACGCGUGUAUAUGUUACAAGGCAGUGUUUGGUGCUUGCAUACCUCGGCCACGGCCCAGCUCCAUCUUCCGCUACCCAAAGCAAAAGUUGUGCUUGUCGACAAUAAAAUCUAUAUGGUGGUCUCCCCCGCAGACGACAUUAUUGUCUUGGAUUUGACAGCCUCAAGUUUGUCUAGAAUCCAGCACCCACCUGGAGUGAAGUAUGACUGUUUUCACACCUUCUUGUCAUGGGCAGAUGAUCCUUCCGGUGUAUAUGUCAUCCAUGUCAAUGGCUUUAAACUUUGCAUCUGGCUCCACAAGGGGGACAACUGGUUGCUGGUUGAUACCAUUUGUCUGCAUGAGAUGUGUGUUAAUCUGAGGAUGCUAGAUAACAUGCUUGAGGAUGAGCAUUCUGGUCAUUGCUAUGUAUGCCAUGCUGGGGAUAAUGCUGAGUUUGUGGUUUUGCAAAUGUGUGGAUGUGUUUUCUAUCUGAUGUCAAGAACAGGACACUCCGUAAAUUGGUUGCGAAGGAUCAAGAUCACUUCACUGAUGUCUAUCCGUUUAUGAUGGUUUGGCCUCCCACAUUCCCUAAG